ACAGUACCAAAUACAAGAGAUCCUCUACUUCUCUGCACUCCUUAGACUCUCGCAGUCGCAGAGCUCAUUCGUCCCUCCCAAACCUCACCGUCCCCAGACAUUCUUAACCCACUCAGAUUCUCCUUCGCCAUCCUCAUGGGGAUAAUAGAGGUUGAGCCACCGAGUCCGCUCAGGUACAUCAUCGGAGCAGCGAUCAUGAUCGCCGGAGUUGUAUUACCCGUCGGUUAUAUGAUGUUUCGUAACAAGCGUGUCCCUUCUUCCUCCUCUUACUCCAAACAGACGAGCAAAGUUUUGAUAUAGAGUUAUAGAGAAUUGAGAGAGAGAUUUGGAUUCAGUUUCUGGGUUUUUUUUAGGCAAUUGAGAAGAUGGAAACCACAAAAGCUUUGAGGGAUCUCUACUGAAGUAAUCAAAAUGUAAAUUUGCAUUGGAACAUCGAUUUGUGCUAUAUGGGUUUGUUCAGGAAUUUAAUUCACUUUUACAGAAAUAACAUGCUUGUGUUUUAGGGGCCUAUAUGUGGAUUCAUUUUUGUCAAUAUAUUUUUCCCUUGUAACUUUUUGGAUCACGACAAUCUUGAUUUGUUUUCUUUACUAUCUUGAUCAUUCAUUAUGAUUAAAUUUAGAAAUGAUUUUGCAGUA